AUGCCACGCAAGGGACGCAAAGCUGCGAACUUGUGGUCGCUCCACCCGAAGCUUCAUAACGACGUAACACAGCUGUUAGACGAGGAAGGUCUUCAAAUAGACUUCUUUGACGCCGAUGAUGAGGAACCCAACAUCGAGAAACGAGACACGAACGUCAUUGGCCGAUUCAUUCGCCAAAACAGGGGAUCGAUUACAAAUCGCAUGUACCCCCAACAGCGAUAUAAUGCGUGGGUGUAUCACCAGCGAUGCAGAAAUUGCAGAGCCGUUGGUCGGCUCGUCCUAGAUAGCGGGUGCUAUCCGGAAAGAGUGACAUACUGGCUCAAACAAUGGAAUGGAUCUGAGGUACGGCAACCCAAUUACUCUGGCCAGAGCAGAGGUCCACACGAUAGUAAACUGUGUGAAGAGUGUAAAGUUGGUCAUUGUCCCAACUCGAAUGAGGACUUAUCAUCGGUGCUGGCUAGGUAA